AUGGAAGAAGUCCCAGCUAAACCGGGACCAUCAACCCCUGCUUCAUCUCGAAAACCCCGCAAUUCGCGAAGAAAGGCAUGCCAAAAAUGCGUAGAAGCCAAAAGUGCAUGCGACCUCGGAAGGCCAAAAUGCAAGCGAUGCAGAGAUCGAGGCAUGAGUUGUGAAUAUCCAGCACAUGUCACACCAAAAGGUGGUCCCAAUGCAAUUAAUCAAUACGCUGUUGUGGAUGCCAGCCCUUUCAGCACUAUUGCUGAUACAACACCUCUGGAUUCCACAUUGCCUCAAAGUCUGGUUGAAAGCAUAGGAAAUGCAUCCCAUACCUCAAGUUACUCUACCAUCGCGGAUAGUGGACCAGUCCAUCCAGAUUCCACUGUUGCCCUGAACUUUCGAGAAAUUGAUCUGGUCCCCAUGAUUGAUGCAGAGGAAAUUCGCGAUCGCUGGCUACGCCCCUACAUCUCAAGCUCGACGGGCCAAGAGCCCAAGCAGUUGAAUGCUCACACCAUAGAGUAUCUCACCUGCGUGUUGAAAUCGUAUCUUAGGAAUCUACUCAACUCAGUUGCCCCGCCAUUUAUUCAUUCUUUGCAACAGACCGGGACUUGUCCGCCUACCUUGGCUUACUGUUUCACUUUGGUUCGGACGUGGUUGACUCGGAUUCCUGGUUGUGAACCCUUGGUUCUGGAGGCGAUGCGAGGACAGAUGAGGGAUAUUGAAAACCAGGAUGUCUCUCGAAGCGACUUUGACAGCCUAUGCUCGUUCCAGGCGUAUCUCAUCUACUCCAUGACGAUCUAUUUCUUUCCUCGUACAGACACCGUCGAGGUACCCAACCCUUUUGAUACUCAAGCGCAGAUACAAAUGCAAGAAAUUGCUUUCCGAUCCGCCAAAACAGGUCUCACAUGCCGAGCAGAAGAAUCCCAGACUCGGCCGAGCUGGGAGUCGUGGAUAGUCGCCUCUGCCAAGCGUCGUACCCUUUUUACCAUGUAUCUCUUUACUAACGUCUACAAUACCCAAGUUGGGCUGCCGAACUUUAUUGCUGAAGAACUAAGAGGGACCAUGGCUCCGGAAAGCAAAAUACUCUGGGAGGCUACAGACCGCACAUUUUGGGAAAGAGAAUACAAUCGACACUUGUCUCGCUGGGAGGAUGGGAUGCUCGAGAUAUCAGAGCUGUGGAAGUCCGCUGAGACUGGAACAGACGCCCGUCGGGAGAAGAUUGAGCGGUGGUUGCAAUCUGCUGAUGAAUUUGGGAUGAUGCUUUUUUCUGUUUGUGCGCAUAUCCAUGGGUGCUAG